GUGUCUGUUAAGGUAGCUUUUUCUGGAAUAUUAGUUAAGAGGAAUGAGGAGUUAAUUUUCUUGUGGAUGGACCGGCGUAGUUGGUUGUGGCGGAGGAAGGCAUCGGAGAAGAGUCCGAGUGGCAGUGGUGAAACUGAAAGCUCUUCUGUUGGAUCCAUUUCUUCCCAUUCUGAGAGGUUCUUUGAUGAUCAGGCUCUUCAAAAUCAUAACACUCAAUCUCCUGAAGUCACAUCUAAAACUGCUCCCAGCGAUGAAGAACUUAAUGAAACUGUCAAGACGCUGUCAGCUAAAUUAUCCGAAGCUCUUGUGAACGUCCGUGAGAAGGAAGAUUUGGUAAAGCAGCAUGCAAAAGUAGCCGAGGAAGCUGUCUCAGGAUGGGAGAAGGCUGAAGCUGAAGUGUUGAUCCAGAAGAGAUUAGUUGAGACAGCAAACCAGAAGAACUCAAUCCUUGAAGAGCGUAUCAAACAUCUUGAUGGAGCGCUUAAAGAGUGUCUAAGACAGCUUCGACUGGCAAGAGAAGAGCAAGCGCAGAAUGUCCAGGUCGCUGUAGCCAAGACAAGUUGUGAGUGGGAGUUUAAAAAGUCUGAACUUGAAAAUAAGCUUGUUCAGCUCCAGUCUCAACUGCAAAGCUCUAAAGCCGAAGACAGUAACGUUCAAGAUCUUCAGCGUAAGCUUGAAUAUGCUGAGAAACAGAACUCAAUCCUCAAGCUUGACCUUGUUUCAAUAUCUGAGGAGCUCAAACUAAUGACAUCUGAGAGAGAUUUAAGUACUCAUGCUGCUGAAACAGCUAGCAAACAACGCCUGGAGAGUAUCACGAAAGUGGCUAAGCUUGAAGCAGAAUGCCGUAUGCUCAAGGCAUUUGCUCGGAAAAGAUCAACAGUGAAUGACCACAAGUCUACCGCUGCUUCCUCAGCUUAUUUUGAACCUUCCGCUGAUAGUUUGUCAGAUACUGGAGAACGGCUGUCUACAGCAGAAAAUAAUAGUUGCAAAAUCAGUGGUUUGGAGCCAAAUAAUUAUGACCAGAACAGUUCUUACUUCCUGUCUUCUGCUUUAGUUUCUGAAUUGAAUCAGUAUAAACAUGAAAAGCCACAUAGAAGAGACCUUAUAGCAUCGUCUGUGGAGAUAAAUCUGAUGGAUGAUUUUCUUGAGAUGGAGAAGCUUGCAGCGCGUCCUGAUACAGCGAGUGAAAGCAGCAACGUCAGAGGAGCUCACAUCGGUGAACCCAUUUUAAGAACUGAACGUAGAGCCAUAAUUAGUCAGACAGCUGAAGCGGAGAAGUUGGCAAAGAUGGAGGUGGAGAAAUUGAAACUAGAGAAGGAAUUAACUGAGUGUCAGGACGAGCUUAAGAUAUCUAAAGAACAAUUAAAAGAAACAAAGGACAAUCUAAUUGAGGUAAAAGCUCAGUUAUCUAUGGCAAAUGAAGCAAGGAGAAAAUUGGAGCCUGAACUCAAAGCUGCUAUAACAAAGCUUAAAGACUUAACAGAACAUUUGCAGAAAAUGGAGGCUGAGAUUGUGGAGCUCAAAGCACAGUUAUCUGUGGCAAAUGAAGCAAAGAAGAAUACUGAGGCAGAAGUCAAGUCUGCCAACACUAGGCUCAAGAAUUUGGUUGAACGCUUAGAAGAAGCAGACGUUGAUGUAGCGGAAUUCCAAGCUCAGCUCAUUACAGCUAAUGAAGCAAAGAGGGCUGCUGAGGCUGAAGUUGAGUCUACCAAUUUGAAGCUUAAGAAAUCAGAAUUUCGCUUGGAGGAAACUGAAGUCAAACUUUUAGGGCUUCAAACUCAACUAGAAACCAUGAAACAAAUGAAAUCUGGAGUUGAGGCCGAACUUGAAGCUACCAAUGCAAAGAAAGAUGUGGCAGAGUCACAACUUAAAGCCACUGAAUUGAAGCUGCAAACAUUGCUUUCUAAAGUUGAUACUCUUCAAGAGGAGCUUCGCAAGGAAAGAGCUUUGCACCAGGAAACUGCUGCUAAGUUGCAGAAACUAGAAAUUGAUAAUUCAGUGAUAAAAUCUGCAUCCCAGCUUCAGAAAGCAACUAUUGUCGAGGAAUUUAAGAUCAAUAAGGAUAAACAAAUGGCAAUAGCAGCUAGUCAAUUUGCGGAGUGCCAAAAGACAAUCGCUUCUAUUGGUUGGCAAUUGAAAUCCCUUGCUACCAUGGAUGAUUUCUUGAUUGACUCAGGUGAACCAUUGCUGAUACAAUGACAUUUCCAAAAGAAGGUUUGGUUCAAAAAAUUGCCUUCCUGUGGCUCUCCCUCCCAAAGAUUCUGAAACUCAACAACUUCAUCAUUGUUCAUACAUACUGAUAGCGUCCGACACCUUUAAAUUAACAAACUGAAGGGAGGCUGAACGUCGAAGAAAUGAUAGGUAUUAUGCAGCAGAAAUCCUGUAGAAUUCAAGAUGGAACAAUUGGAUAACAGAAGAAGUUGUAAAGCUGGGAAAAAGAAAAUCUUUGAUGCCAUUAGUUAAGUGCUCAGUCACGAACUUAUUAGGUAGAUAAAUUCUUUUCUCUUUUGGGUUAAUAAUCAUGCCAUGUAAUAUUGAUCGAUGACAAGUUCUUAUAUAAUGUAUAAUGUUCCAAAUUCACUGUAACAGAAGUUCACCAGAAAAAUAAGUAUUCAUGUAUAUUAUUCAAUUCAAUUAUUGCAUGA